AAUAAUUUCACUGCAAUCCCAAUUCAAGACCCGUCAGUUCGACACCGUUCCUCUCCGUUUGUACGAAUAAUGCAAUUCAUUCCUCUAAAGUGUGAAAUAAUCCGUUGAUAGAGUUCUUACGGAUUGAUAUUAUUUCAAUAAUGAGAAUAAGACGUGCCAGUGGAAAAGAUCGUGUGAUCAUGUCGCAGAAUGCAGUGGAGACUCUGCCGAUUCGACUGACAAAAUUUUUUCUCAGUGCAGCUGGUUUCACUAUAGCUACCACCAGACGUGAAAAAAUACUCGUUGAUGUUAUCGUGACUUAUUCGACAAUAGCCCUUGCAUUCGCCUGUUUUGUCACUGGUGUUGAUAUUUACAACUGCUGGGGUUCAUUCUACGAAUUUGUGUACUCGUUCAUCGGUUUUGGCACGUGCUGCAUCGUCCAAUCGAAAUUCGCGGUGUUCAUGGUGAAGAGGAAGAAGUACCUGAACCUGAUGAGGUACACCAGUGAUAUUCUGUGGACUAGGCAUCACACGGAGUAUGGAAAGGGUGUCAUCAAGGAUUGUGAGAGGCAGGCCAUGUACUUCAUUGUUUUGUUCACUUUUCUGGCGCAAGGGGUCAGCCUGUGCUACACUGUUCAGCCAAUUUUACUUAAUAUUGGGAGAAAUGAGACUGAUAGACUUUUUCCGUUUACAUUCUGGGUGGAUCUGCCAAUUUAUGUGUCACCCUGGUUUGAAAUAGCAUUCGUAGUGCAGGUUCUGAGUUGCUAUCACACCUCAAUCUGUUACUUCUGUUUCGAUAAUUACCUGGCCCUCACCAAUAUAUUCAUCACAGGACAGUUUAAAAUUUUGAAGAACAGACUGGAGGUACUGUUCGAUGCUGAUCAUGUGAAUCUGCAAGAACCGGAAGGCAAUAGGAGAACGAGUUGGUACUUGACGAAGAGCAGACGAAUGAACAGACUCGUUCAUGAAUACAAAUUAUGUAUCAAACAGCAUCAGCUUCUGAUUGAUCUCGUUGACCAAGUGGAGGACUUAUACUCAUUCAUAAAUCUUCUUCAAGUACUUGUGUUUAGUUUUCUCAUUUGCUUGGUUGGAUAUCAACUUAUUCUGCCUGGGAAUUCACAGAUGAGACGCAUUCUUUUUAUCGUGUACUUCGGUGGAUGUUUUACACAACUCUUCACGUUCGCCUUCACGUGCAAUAAUUUGACCCUCGCUAGUCUGGACGUUGGUGAGGGUCCAUGGCAUUCAAAAUGGACAACUGAGACUCGUUGGAGAGAGGGUCGAGCCAUCGUCCAGGAUUUACAGAUGAUCAUCAUGAGGGCGCGACGACCAUGCAGACUUACUGCUUAUGGCUUUUUCCCUGUAACUCUGAAUACUUUCAAAUCGAUGCUGAGCACUGCAUUCUCGUACCUAACCUUGAUGAGAAACAGUGAAGAAGAUAUUCAGGGUUGAACUUGAGGAUUAUUAAGGAAAAUUAAUUAAGUAUAAUUUCCUGGGAAAUGUUUAACAGGAAGAUGAUUGGAAGCGUGUUACGUUUAAA